UAAAACAAAACGGAACGAAGGCUGCUUGGCUUCUCUGCUUCUAUUAGAAGACGAAAGGAACGAAGAAGAGGGAAAAGGAGAAGGGGGGAAACAGAGCACCUAAACCCUAGAUUUCGAUUUCCAAGGAGAAGCAGCUAAAAUUAGGGUUAGGGUUCGGAGAAUUGGAGGAAGAUGAUGCGGGGAGGAAGCGCGGAGGGGAUGGGGAUGAUGGGGCCCGGCGGGCCGCUGCGGCUGAAUCCAGCUGCGGAGGCGGUGGGAACGAGCGGCGGGGCCGGCGGAAGGGGGAAGGAGGAUAAGGUGCCGCAGUGGUCCCCGGAGGAGACGAGGGACCUGAUCGCGAUAAGAGGGGAUCUGGAGAGGGACUUCAGCGUGUCGAAGCGCAACAAGACGAUGUGGGAGCUCGUCGCCACUCGGAUGAGGGAGAAGGGCUACCGCCGCUCGCCAGAGCAGUGCAAGUGCAAGUGGAAGAACCUCGUCAAUCGCUACAAGGGCAAAGAAACAUCUGAUCCAGAAACUGGCAAACAAUGCCCCUUCUUCGAAGAGCUUCAUGCUGUCUUCACAGAACGUGCAAGAAACAUGCAGCGUGAACUCCUUGAGUCUGAAUCAGGAGCUUCCCAUUCUAAGAAGAAACUGAAGAAGCUAGGUGCAGAUAAAUCCUCUGAUGAGCUCUCUGAAGAUGAUGAAGACAGUGAUGGUGAGCGCCUCACAAAGACAAGAAAGAGGAAAAUUGACAGAGGACCGCAGCAACGAGCAACAGACAAGUCAAGAGCAACUGGUAGCAGCAUCUAUGAUCUGCUGCGGGACUUUUUGCAGCAGCAGCAGCGCAUGGAGGUGCAGUGGCAAGAGAUGAUGGAACGGCGGACCCAGGAGCGGUUGGUGUUUGAACAGGAGUGGCGGCAGUCUAUGGAGAAGCUGGAGAAGGAGAGGCUGAUGCUGGAGCAGGCAUGGUGGGAGAGAGAGGAGCAGAGGAGGAGAAGGGAAGAAAUGCGGGCUGAGAAGCGGGAUGCACUCUUAACCACUCUUUUGAAUAAGUUCCUACAGGAAGACUUAUGAUAAGAAAUUUCCAGCAAGUAGAACUGCAGAGAUGAAGAGGGGCGCUUAAAUUCUAUGGCCUUGUGAUCAGUUUAUAUGAUUGCAAAAUUGCAACUUCUACGUUUACAGAAAGGAAACUAUACAACAAUCUACUAACAUGGAGAAAAAUUUACAGAUCAUAAGCUCUAUACUCACCAAAGAUUGCUUUUUGCCAGGAUUCAUGACAAUAGAAUUUAAACAUGAGAAUUUGAGAACUUAUACAUAUCUUUGGGUUUGUAAUUAUGGUUGUACAAUAUCUCGUGCUUGGGGAAAAAGUUACCCUCAAUCCAACCAUGUAACAUCAGAUAAAUGUAUGUAGUUAUAUUCCUCAUGCAAUGUAUAUCCAAGGUGGAACUUUUGAAGUUUCUUUAA